GCCGCGGGCUUCCGGUAACUGCUGUCAUCAGUAGGAAGUCUUCUCUCCACACUGACCGCCCGAAGACGAGUAACCUCCGCCGUGCCGAAUAAAACCCACAAUGGCAGAAAAUAACCCGCUGGAGACGACGGCUGGAGAUGCUUCUGGAGCAGAGGAAGAGGCCAAGCAGGCGGCGGCGGCGGCAGCCAAGGCGGCCCGGCGUCUGCCCGAAGUCCGUCUGGUGGUCCUCGGCUGGAGGUGGCCGGGGAAAAGCCUCACGGCCAACACCAUCUUAGGCAGGGAGGAGUUUCGCCUGGAGCGAGCGGCCGAGUUCUGCGUCAAGAGGGAGACGGAGGUGCAGGGGCGCCAGGUGACCGUGGUGGACACUCCGGGCUGGUUCUCCGCCCAGGACACGCCGCCGUCCUACAAAGAGGAGCUGGUACGGGGAGCCUCUCUCUGUCCUCCGGGCCCACACGCCUUCCUGCUGGCCAUCCCCGUGGGGAUGUUCACCGAAGUGGACCGCUCCCGCAUCGAGGAGCACGUGAGCCUGUUCGGGGAGCACGUGUGGAGACACACGAUCGUGGUGUUCACCUGGGCAGAGGUGUUGCGGACGAUUUCCAUCGAGAGGUACAUUCGCCGGGAGGGCAAAGAGCUGCAGUGGGUGCUGGAGAAGUGCAAGCGAAGGUACUUUGUCAUCAAUAACUGCAUCUUCGGGGAGCAUCCCCAGGUGGGACGUUUGAUGGAGAGGGUGGAGAAGCUGGUGGCAGAAGAGGGAGGCUACUAUAACCCAGAGGUGGGCGAGGCGGAGAAGAAAACUCUGGACGAGAACAAGAAUCCAACCCGAGAUGUGCAGGAGCUUGGGGCCCGGCCCAAACAGAACUCUGGCCUGGCUUUGUCAGAAGCAAUGAAGGUGGACUCGCUUUCCAAUUGACAAGACACUGAUGGACUCUCAAGGCCCUCGACUCACAUGAACCUGGUGACAGAUCUUCUCAUGUGGCGCCACAGAAAAGGAUGAAACAACUGAAAUGUUACUGAAUGUACAAUUCUGUGUGUGAUUUAUUCUAUUUAUUUUUUUUAAUCUGACACGUUAGUGGGUGUAUUCUUGAUACUGCAGCCUUCACUGAGGUAUGAAAGGGCUUUUCACUUCAACUUUUUUUUUUUUUUCUUCAUUCUGUCCAGAGACUUAUUGUCAUGUUUUAGCCUGUAAUCAUAUCUGGAACAUGAUUAUAAGACGAAAGAAGCGAAUGCUGUCGUCUGCAUAAAGCCAUCAUCAGUUUUUGACAGCAUGUUACCCAUAACUCCUCCGCCCCGACAGAGCUGCACUUCUAAACUGUCACUAUGAUUUUCUGUUGUCGAGGGAAUCAAACUAUUCCCACUUGUGACCAAACUGUAAAUGUUUUUCUUUUUUCUCAUGCACUGCAAUGUGUGUACAGUUGUGAAACACUUGUGUAGGUAGUCAUUGACUUUUGAUUAUUAUUUGAUUGUGUGUAGAUCUUUUAUCUGUUGAUAUUACUUUGUAAUAGUGAUGUAUUUAAAAUUAAAAAAAAAGAAAAAAGAUGAGUUACUACAUUAGCUUCUGAGUAGUUAAAUGACAUGUCAAAUACUGCAGAUUGAUUUUCCAAAGUUUUCUAUCAGGAUGAUUUUCUGUUACUGGUCAUUUUGUUUCUCCUUUUAUUUCUUGCUGUUUGUUGAUUUAACAUCUUUUGGCUUUUAGACAAGCCCAGCCCUUCUUUGGUUGCAUGAAACGAUCGUGUGCUAUUGUUUCUUUUUUAUUUAACCAUCUGGUUUGUCAGCCUCGAUACCUCUUCAUUCAGGGACGAAUCAAUGUUCAGUGAUUUGAGAAAAAACAUCAGGUUUAGAAGUCAGAAUCAACCUGAUGGGCGGACCUUUGUUCUUUUUUUAUUCAUGUUUAAGAUUGACGUUGUUACAGUUAUUUCAUAUUCAUGUGUUCACAGUUAUAUAUGCGUAAUGAUCACAGUAAUUUCAAUGUACCCACAUAAAGACUGCAAGAUGAAACAAACAUUUAAAAGAAAUAUAUUAUCACUGCUUUCGUAGUCUCUCUUUUUUAAAAUAUUAAAAUAAAUUGUGGUUCAAAAGUCACAUUUAAAAGUGCAAUGACAGCCAGAUUUUGUUUGUUAAAAUUUGGGCGCAUUUUGGUUUCAAUCCAAAAACAGAAGAUUCCUCUCAAUUAUUUGGAGGAAGCAACAUGUUGCAUAGGAGACGAUAACUUGUUGCAUGACAUCAGGAAGAACAGGAAACUGAUAAUUAUUUGCAUUUCAUUUGUCAACUCAAAUGUCGUUGUGCCAGUCUGAGUUUAAAGUUGCUGUUUAAUUGUUUGAGAUCUCAAUAAAAAAGACUUUCUUAUCUUUA